AUGACGAUUAUCGAAUCGAAACUAACAUACAUCUUAUCCGCCAAAGCAGAGGGGCACCCGACCACCGAGAUCCGGCCGCCCAUCUGGGAGGACAUUGGCGCCCGAAAGAGAGCGCUCCUCAGCGCUUCCAUCCCGCAAGAAUGGCGGGUGCCUGCCGAUCUGUUGCCCCCGGCCUCGCAGGAUGAUGUGACGGCCUGGCCGGCCACGUCUGGGUGGUUCACCGAGGACGAGCUUGAGAUAACGGAGCAGACGGCUACGCAGCUCGUCGCUCAGCUGGCUUCUGGGGAGCUACAGUCGGAAACCGUGACUCGUGCAUUCUGCAAGCGCGCAGCGGCGGCGCAUCAACUGGUAAACUGUCUCUCCGAGACUUGCUUUGAGCGCGCCAUUGCAACAGCGCGCGCUCGUGAUGAGCAUUUUGCCAAGACGGGCCAGCCCGUGGGGCCGCUGCACGGCUUGCCGAUUUCUCUCAAGGACAAUUUCAAGCUCACGGGCUUGGAUACUACAGUCGGCUUCUCGUCGCACGUGGGAGACGCUGCCGCAGUGGAUUCGAUGCUCGCCAAGGUGCUAGAAGAAGCGGGAGCAGUCUUUUACGUCAAGACCAAUGUGCCGACGGCCAUGAUGAUUGCAGAAACCAUUAAUAAUGUUUUUGGCCGCACGCUGAAUCCUUUGAAUAGACAAACGACUAGUGGUGGAAGCUCGGGUGGCGAGUCGGCUCUGCUGGUAUUAAAAGGCAGUCCUAUUGGCGUGGGAACUGACAUUGGCGGAUCACUUCGUAUUCCUGCUGCUUGCACUGGUAUUUUCACUCUCCGACCCUCUGGCGGCCGCUUCCCCGUCCGUGACUGCCGCUCCGGCAUGCCCGGCCAAGAGGGCGUCAUGUCGGUCAACGGGCCCAUGGCACGCACUCUCGAAGACAUUGCCAUGUACAGCAAAGUGGUGAUUCAAAGCCAGCCCUGGCUGCGCGACGCCAAAUGCCACCCGCUCCCGUGGAAGCCCGUCCAGCUGCCCGAGAAGCUCAAGAUUGGCGUCUUGUGGCAUGACAUGCUCGUGCAGCCGACGCCGCCCAUCCUGCGCGCCCUGCGGCAUACCGUCGCGAAGCUGCUGCGGGCCGGGCACGACGUGGUUGACUGGCGGCCGACGGACAUGCUGCAGAGCCUCACCAUGAUUGGCAAGUUCUUCGUGGCCGACGGCGCGGCGGCGAUUCGCAAGGAGCUGGAGCGCACGGGCGAGCCGUGGCGGCCCGAGAUGGAGGCCUACCGCCACGCGCAGCCGAUGAGCGUCUACGAUGUGUGGAAGCUGCAGACGGAGAGAACGGCGUUUCAGAAUGCAAAUCUGGAUCGGUGGAACGAUGCCGGUCUGGAUGCGCUGUUACUGCCCACGACGCCGUAUGUGACGCACAAGCACAGUGGCACUAGACACGUUGCAUACACGGCCGUUGGUAAUAUUCUGGACGUGUCUGCCGUUUCCUUCCCGACGGGGCUCAAGGUGGACAAGAAUAUCGACAUUGUUGGUCAAGACUACGUGCCUCGAAGUGAUGUCUGCGAGGCCAUCAACACGGAAUACGAUGCCAACCUCGUCGAUGGUAUGCCAAUCAGUCUGCAGCUUGUUGCACGCAAGCUCGAGGAGGAAAAGGUCUUGGGCAUGACGAAACGUGUGCUGCAAGCGCUCUCUGGCUGA